AACGACGAUUGCGACGAGGUAUCAGCAACCAUCAUGUUUGGUAGAGCAUUACUUGCCGACAUCAAGGUUCCCACGGUGACGCGGAAGGUGAUGGAGGUCAUGGUUCAGCCCGAGAAGAAGAAGCCCCAGCAAGGAGGUGGCGGGGGCCAUCGCUUCACGCGGCACGGCGGGCGCAGGGGACUCAGCCUGGACUACGAUGAGGAGGACUUUGAGGCCGAUUUCAAGAAGUUCUUGGCCGACUCCAGGGACUAUGACUUCGAGCUCGGGUGCGGUGGGGUGGCCGAGAAGGAUGAUGACUACGAGGAAGUCGAGACCAAGCCCUUUGCCGCCAUCAAGAGGUCCCUCUCCGAAGAUGACUUAAGCACCAUGCCUACUGCUGGUUUUGAUGGUCCUGCAGAAAGGUCAGCAAAAAGGAAGAGAAAGAACCAACUCAAGGGUAUUCGUCAGUGCCCCUUGGGUAAGUGGGCUGCUGAAAUCAAAGAUCCUAGCAAGGGUGUCUGUGUCUGGCUCGGUACUUUCAACAGUGCUAAAGAAGCCGCAAGAGCUUAUGAUGCCGAAGCACGCCGAAUCUAUGGUAAGAAGGCCAAGGUUAACUUUCCAGAGGAACUAACAGGAUAUGUCGACUUUGCAUCAAUCCAGCCACUUGUUCCUGCAAUAAACUCUGCUGCCCCUGUUGAAGCUCCUAUUAUGGAUAUGUACUCUGACCAGGGAAGCAACUCUUUUGGCUGCUCUGACUUGGGCUGGGAGUAUGAGACCAAGAGUCUAGAUAUAUCAUCCAUUUCUACCAUUACCGAAGGAGUAGAAUCUGCGCUUGUCGAGAAUAACACCUACAACUCACUGGUGCCUCCUGUUAUGCAGAAUAAUGCUGCCAGUUCUGAAUCUUGGAUGAGAUAUCUUAUGGAUGAUGAUGUGGAUGAGCUGAUUGAUAGCCUAGUGAAUUUUUAUGAUCAUCAGGAUGUCGUUGGCAACAUGGACCUUUGGAGCUUCGAUGACAUGCCCGUCUUUGGAGACUUUGUCUGAGGGAUUCAAACCUUGUAUAUCGGGACAACGGGAAUAAGACUAUGGGAGAUUGGGAAGCACCCUAUUGUCACGUUCGGCCAGCAUAUGCUUAUGUCCAAGCUUAGAUGCAAAAGAGUUGCAUCUCGAGUCUCUUUUGUAAUCGACCCUUUCCCUAGUUCAUUGUCUCUGUGUGGCAGCCGUUUAGUAGAUUGAUGAACCAUGGUAUUUAUCUUUUGUCAACUUUUAUGUCAUAACUACCAUUUCUGAAUGU